CACACAAACGGCCCGUUGUUUGUUUGCUUUUCUGUAACCUACUUCUUCUCAGUUAUACAAUUCCCCAAAUCUCUGCGGACAGUGAAGGAGAGGUUGAGAGGCACAAGGAGAACACCCGGUGUCGCAGCAGGGGUCUCGAGGCCGUCUAUCCAUAGGGAUGAGAAACUGGCGCGAAUCUGCAAUACUCGGAAUCUCGCUGAGGCUACAAGAAGGGUAAUACAACAGGAUACACAGCAGAUCUGCUUAGCUGCUGCUCCAAACCCAGGUUUUCCCGCCAAUCUCAGUUUUGUACUUUCCAAGGCCCCGCCCACACCCGCGAGGCGCGCUGGGAGGUUUGAGAGUCCGCAAACCCAGACACCUUAUCGAUAUCUCUGGAAUGGACUGCCCUACCCUGCGCCGCCGCCGUCAAAAUCCCACAGACCUCUCGGUCGAUCGCCGAGCGGAAGUUUCGACAGCUCUCCUCGAUUCGCCGCUUUGCAGGAGGCUCGUAGCCUGGUCCGCGCCCGAACUAUGUUUCGUAACCAGUAUGAUAAUGAUGUCACUGUUUGGAGCCCUCAGGGCAGGAUUCAUCAAAUUGAAUAUGCAAUGGAAGCUGUUAAACAAGGUUCUGCCACAGUUGGUCUGAAAUCAAAAACCCAUGCAGUGUUGGUUGCAUUGAAGAGGGCACAGUCAGAGCUUGCAGCUCACCAGAAAAAAAUUCUCCAUGUUGACAACCAUAUUGGUAUCUCUAUUGCGGGACUUACUGCUGAUGCUAGACUCUUAUGUAAUUUUAUGCGACAGGAGUGUUUGGAUUCCAGAUUCGUAUUUGACAGGCCACUUCCUGUGUCUCGUCUUGUAUCUCUAAUUGGAAGCAAGACCCAGAUACCAACACAGCGGUAUGGCCGGAGACCAUAUGGUGUUGGGCUGCUUAUUGCUGGUUAUGAUGAUAUGGGCCCUCACAUUUUCCAGACCUGUCCAUCUGCUAACUAUUUUGACUGCAGAGCUAUGUCUAUUGGAGCCCGUUCUCAAUCAGCUCGUACUUACUUGGAGAGACAUAUGUCUGAAUUUAUGGAGUGCAAUUUAAAUGAACUGGUUAAGCAUGGUCUGCGUGCCUUAAGAGAGACACUUCCUGCAGAGCAGGACCUGACUACUAAGAAUGUUUCCAUUGGAAUUGUUGGUAAAGACUUGGAAUUCACGAUCUAUGAUGAUGAUGAUGUGUCUCCAUUCCUGGAAGGUCUUGAAGAAAGACCACAGAGAAAGGCACAGCCUGCACAACCUGCGGAUGAACCUGCAGAAAAAGCUGAUGAACCAAUGGAACAUUAGUAAACCAGUCUCUGUGUGUCGUCAGAUAUGUAAGAAUGCAGGAACACAUACUGAUGACAGUAAUCUAUACUUUGAACCAAAAGAUGCAGAGUGUGGAAUUGGUAUGUUUUAGGAAUCAGUCCAGAUAUGUUUUUUCCAACCAACCUCCCUGAAACCAUAUAAUGAGGUGCAGUUUUCUUUAAGGGGGUCUGUAUAAUCAUUUUCUAAAAAGUAUAGGUAUACCAAUGUUUUUAUAUGAAGAAAAUAGUGUCUUUGCAGUUUUAAAGACAACUGUGAAAUAAAACUGUUUCACUUCC